GUUGAGAAAUCAAAAACCAAAAUACCAUCUUUGAUCUUCUUCUUCUUCUUCUUCUUCUUCUUCUUCUUUCUUUUUUUACCUGCAAUUUCCCUGCGAGACUGAUCACUGAUGUGCUUUCCUUCUCUCGUGACAACAAUCUUCAAUCAAUCGAGUUCACUUUUUAGUUCGUGACUCCCUAAUUUCACACGAUCAAAGAUCUCGCCACCGAAACGCUUUCACCCAAGGAUUCUUUCAACGGCGGCGAAGGAUAUGAUUACACGACGGAGAAGGACGAUGGCCAAGAGAGGGAUAGUGAAAUUGACGACCAGUUGGCAGAUUCUUUGGCUUUAAAACUACAAUUCGACUGCGGAGGAAGCAGACGAAUUUGUGUUUCAUCGAUCGAUCCAUAAUCAUGAUCACCAGCGAGAACCAAGGACUUUAAAUCAUGGCGGAUACAAUGGUUGCUCAUAUGGACCGACAUAAUAAGAUAGAUGUUGAGAUCUCAGAAGAUGACAAGAGAUUAACAAAGCUUUGCUCUCUAAAGAAGAAGGCUAUAAAUGCGACGAACAAGUUUAAGCACUCAAUGACCAAGAAAGGUCGAAGGCAUAGCCGUGUGGCGUGUGUCUCAAUCGUCGAUGAAAUCGAUACAGAAGAGUUGCAAGCGGUUGAUGCUUUCCGUCAAGCUCUUAUUUUAGACGAACUACUUCCCUCUAAGCAUGAUGAUCAUCACAUGAUGCUUAGGUUCUUGAGGGCAAGAAAGUUUGAUCUCGAAAAGGCUAAGCAAAUGUGGUCUGAUAUGCUUAACUGGAGGAAAGAAUAUGGCGCAGACACGAUCAUGGAGGACUUUGAUUUCAAAGAAAUCGAAGAAGUGGUUAAGUAUUAUCCACAAGGAUAUCAUGGUGUUGACAAGGAAGGAAGACCUAUCUAUAUUGAGAGGCUAGGCCAAGUUGAUGCCACAAAGCUGAUGAAAGUGACCACAAUUGAUAGGUACGUGAAGUACCAUGUGAAAGAGUUCGAGAAGACUUUCAACGUCAAAUUCCCUGCUUGUUCCAUCGCUGCGAAACGACACAUUGAUCAGAGCACAACGAUCUUGGAUGUUCAAGGCGUGGGGCUUAGUAACUUCAACAAAGCUGCAAAAGAUCUUCUUCAGAGUAUUCAGAAAAUCGACAACGAUAACUACCCUGAGACGCUGAACCGUAUGUUCAUCAUCAAUGCUGGUUGUGGGUUUAGGCUUUUAUGGAACACAGUGAAAUCUUUCCUUGACCCAAAGACUACAGCAAAGAUUCACGUUCUUGGCAACAAAUACCAAACCAAACUUCUAGAAAUCAUUGACGCCAAUGAACUGCCUGAGUUCUUGGGUGGUAAGUGCACCUGCGCAGACAAAGGUGGAUGUAUGCGUUCAGACAAAGGUCCAUGGAACGACCCUGAGAUCUUCAAGUUGGUUCAGAACGGUGAAGGUAGAUGCCUGCGAAGGAGCUUGUCAGGGAUCGAGGAAAAGACAAUCUUUGAGUAUAACAACGAAACAAAGAAGAAAUGCGAACCAGAAGAGACUCACAAGCAAUCUGCUGCGGAGAUGGAGAAGAAGUUCAUCGACACGAAUGUGGAUGCUGCAGCGGCUGCUGAUUGGCCUACAAAGCUUAACAAGGCUGAAAAAAACCCUACCGACCUUAAAGAUGUGUACUCAGCUGUGAAUCCGUUGGAGAGGAAAGGGUACUUAUAUGGCAGCGUCAUGGCAUUGCUAAUGGGGAUAGUGGGAGUGAUGAGGCUAACCAAGAACAUGCCAAGGAGGCUCACCGAGGCAAAUGUUUAUAGCCGUGAAGGCAGCGCCGUCUACCAGGACGGAGUGACUGUUAUGUCGAAGCAGGAGUAUAUUGCGAUGGUGAAGAAGAUAACAGAUCUUGAGGAGAAAUGUAAGUCCAUGGAAGCUCAGGCUGCGUUUUAUAUGGAGAGGGAGAAGACUCUAGACGCUGCACUUCGUCGUAUUGACCAGCUCGAGCUUCAGUUGUCUGAAACCAACAAGGCACUAGACGAGACAAUGACGAGGCAACAUGAGAUAAUGGCUUUCAUCGAGAAGAAAAAGAAGAAGAAGCGGAAGUUCUUAUUAUUCUAGAAGACUGCAUCAGAGGCUAAGAAGCCUGGAAAAUAAAUCAAAAUUUCCAGUUUACUGUAAUCUUUUAAAAUAUGGAUACUGGAGAAGAUAGAAAGAUGAAGUCAUGUUUUGUCUGUAUCUAAGGACUCUCAAUUUCUCCUGUGUUUUUUUUGGUAUAAUUGUUUUGUUAAUAUAAACUUAAAAGACUCAUUCGUCAUCAUCAUAAUCAUCAUCAUAAACUAAUCAUUAUCAU